UGUGGAAAAUUGAUCUUUGCGCUGAUGGUGCUUUAAAAUUUUUCAGUCUUCGUUCGCCAGUACAUCAGUGCAUUAGAUGUUAUUUGGUGCAAUUUAUAUAAUCCGUGAAUAUCUUCUUAGGAAGUAAGAUUUGAUUAUAGCUUCGGCUUUUAUUAAGCUUGGCUAAUUGAUUGACAACGUCGACCUAAGGGAAACGACACUACACAACCAUGGGUUCGCUGUUUCGCAGCGAAGAGAUGACCUUGUGUCAACUCUUCCUACAAAGUGAAGCUGCGUACGCUUGCGUUUCGGAACUGGGAGAACUUGGAUUGGUUCAAUUUCGAGAUCUCAAUCCGGAUGUGAACGCCUUCCAGCGAAAAUUUGUGAACGAGGUGCGCCGGUGUGACGAAAUGGAACGUAAGUUACGCUACUUGGAGAAGGAGAUCAAGAAGGAUGGCAUUCCGAUGCUGGAUACUGGCGAAAGCCCGGAAGCUCCCCAACCGAGGGAAAUGAUCGAUCUUGAGGCUACCUUCGAGAAGCUGGAGAACGAGUUGCGCGAGGUUAACCAGAACGCCGAGGCGCUCAAGCGCAACUUUCUGGAGCUGACCGAGCUGAAGCACAUUCUACGUAAGACUCAAGUUUUCUUCGACGAGGCAGCGCCCGCAAUCAGUGUACGUAAUAAGUCACGAACCCGCUAUCAACAGAUGGCGGAUUCGCACAGGGAAGAGGAACAGGUUAACCUACUCGGUGAGGAGGGCAUUCGAGCUGGUGGUGCCGGGGCACAGGGACAAAACCUAAAACUAGGUUUCGUAGCCGGUGUCAUUCUGCGAGAGCGUCUCCCGGCUUUUGAGCGGAUGCUGUGGCGUGCUUGCCGUGGCAAUGUCUUUCUCCGUCAGGCCAUGAUCGAAUCGCCCCUGGAGGAUCCAUCAAAUGGCGACAAGGUCUACAAGUCGGUGUUCAUCAUCUUCUUCCAAGGUGACCAGCUGAAGACACGCGUCAAGAAAAUAUGUGAGGGAUUCCGUGCAACGCUCUAUCCUUGCCCGGAGGCUCCCACUGACCGGCGCGAAAUGGCGAUGGGUGUUAUGACCCGCAUAGAGGAUUUGAACACCGUUCUCGGCCAGACGCAAGAUCACCGUCAUCGCGUUCUGGUUGCGGCGGCUAAGAAUCUGAUGAACUGGUUCGUCAAAGUACGCAAAAUCAAAGCCAUCUAUCAUACGUUGAAUCUGUUCAAUCUGGAUGUGACCCAGAAAUGUUUGAUUGCCGAGUGCUGGGUCCCGUUGUUGGACAUGGAAACUAUUCAGAUCGCAUUGCGUCGGGGAACGGAACGUUCCGGGUCAUCGGUUCCUCCGAUUUUGAACCGAAUGGAAACGUUCGAAGAUCCACCGACGUACAAUCGGACGAACAAGUUUACCAGCGCCUUUCAGGCUUUGAUCAACGCCUAUGGUGUUGCCAGUUAUCGAGAAAUGAACCCGGCUCCAUACACAAUCAUUACGUUCCCCUUCUUGUUCUCGGUCAUGUUUGGUGAUUUGGGACACGGUGCAAUUAUGGCUCUCUUUGGUUUAUGGAUGGUGCUGAAGGAGAAACCUCUUGCGGCCAAGAAAACCGACAACGAAAUUUGGAAUAUCUUUUUCGGUGGGCGCUAUAUUAUUUUCCUGAUGGGUGUCUUUUCAAUGUACACGGGAUUCGUGUAUAAUGACAUAUUCUCCAAAUCAUUGAACGUGUUUGGUUCGGCUUGGACUAUCAACUACAACGUUAGCACUGUGAUGACAAACAAAGCGCUGCAAUUGGAUCCGGGAAAGGAUUAUUCCGGUACGCCGUACCCCAUCGGCUUGGAUCCCGUCUGGCAGGUUUCGGACAACAAAAUUAUCUUUCUCAAUGCGUACAAGAUGAAGAUUUCGAUCAUUUUCGGCGUUAUUCAUAUGCUGUUCGGUGUUUUUGUCGGUCUGUUCAAUCACCGCUACUUCAAGAAUAAACUAGCCGUAUACUGCGAAUUCAUACCGCAAGUUAUCUUCCUGGUGUUUUUGUUCUUCUAUAUGACAUUGAUGAUGUUUAUCAAAUGGGUCAAAUAUUCGGCUGAUAGCGAGAAACCCGAAUUUAAGCCUGGUUGUGCACCGUCCAUUUUAAUUACCUUCAUCAACAUGGUACUUUUCAAAGCUCCGAACGAAACAAAGGAUUGCAGUCCGUAUAUGUUUGCUGGUCAAGCUGGCUUGCAAAAGUUUUUGGUUAUCAUAGCAUUACUGUGCGUACCAUGGAUGCUGUUGGCCAAGCCGAUCAUGAUUAUGCGUAGCCGCAAGGAAGCUGCACAUCAACCAAUAGCUCCCUAUAGUAAUGAGAACGGUGAUGCCGAAGGUGGGCUUACUCAGAACAAUGUGGCUCAGUCAGCAGGAGAAGCUCAACCAGCUGCUGGUGCAUCCCAUGGACACGAGAACGAAGAAAUGUCGGAAAUUUUCAUUCACCAGGGUAUUCACACCAUCGAGUAUGUUCUCGGAUCAGUUUCCCACACGGCUUCGUACCUGCGUCUGUGGGCCUUGUCACUUGCUCAUGCUCAACUGGCAGAAGUGUUGUGGAACAUGGUGCUGAAAAACGGUCUUCAACAAGGAGGCUGGAUCGGUGGAAUCGCUCUCUGGUUGAUUUUUGCUGUUUGGGCUGUAUUGACUGUUGGUAUUCUAGUACUUAUGGAAGGAUUAUCCGCAUUCCUGCAUACUCUUCGUUUGCACUGGGUUGAAUUUCAGAGCAAGUUUUAUGCUGGUCUCGGUUAUGCAUUCCAACCUUUCUCGUUCGAGCAGAUUCUGGAAUCCAGUUCUAGUUCAUCGGAUGAAUAAAUUUAUGAUGGUUCUAAAUGAUAGAUUGAAUUGAUAUAUUGACUCAUGAUACUUCAACUCGAAAUAAUAACAAAUAAUAUAACAAUGCUUUUAUGUAGUGUAGUUCGUUCAAAAAUUCAUGUUCACCUGAAAAUAACUUAAACUGUUAUUCGUGAUAAAGUGUUAAAUGUGACAAAAUGUUAAAUUAUUAUAAACAAUAUUCCUCCAUAGCUCUGCUUAUUGUAUGGUUAUAAUCUAUUAGAACUACCUUCACUUGUGAAAGCAUCUAAAUUAGCAACAUAUUUGGCGAACUAUUCUAGCAAAAUAUAUGUAGUUUAGCAGCACUGCAAA